AUGGCUAGUCAAGGAAAUGAAGCCAGUCAAGGGAAUGAAGCCCCUCAAACUGAACAAUCAAGUAACGAUGUGGGUAUUGGUAGUGAAGAAAGUGACAAGGAUACAUCAGCGUCUAGAAAGCGGAAAGCACCUGCCUUUCGAUCACCGCAUUGGGCCGGAUACUCGGUGUUAUUAGUUAAAGAAGGAAACCCACCGGUUAAAGUUCGUAAAGCAAAAUGCAAUCGUUGUGCAAUUACCAUUGCUGUUGGAAGCACCCAUGGACCCAAUGGCUUGAAGAAUCAUAAGAUCUCUUGUGACAAGAAACAUUUGGAGCAACUUAAACAAACAACUCUGAGUUUGCAGCCUAGUGCCUCCGGGGACGGAGCAGGGGGGAAUAUCAACUUGGCGAUUCAAUCAAGAAGAAUCACGGUUAGCUUUUGCAGAAAUGAUUAUGCUUGA